AUGGAAUUUCGAGCUCUUCUUAUAGAAAUAUUCAAUCAACUGUCGGAUAAUGAUCGCCAAUCGCUUUAUUUUGUAGUCGGCAGUAGAGUUCCACGAAAAGCUCGAGAUGAUUGUACGCCUUGCGGUAGUUUACGUUUACAUGAUUUUCUUUUCGAUCAAACUUUAAUCACUGAACAAAAUUAUGAUUAUUUCAUUCAUGUAUUCGAACGCAUCAAGUGCUAUGAGGUUGCAAAACGACUUCGACGUGAUCAUCCAGAACGAUUUUCACACGUCUCUGAAGAAGAACAACCAUCAACUGAAUUAGAAAAUUCGAUUUUACAACCUAAUAAUAAUAUUUUUUCGAAGAGAGAUAUCAGUUUGAUGAUCGUGAAAGAGAACAAUCAUCUUCGACUAUUACAAAGGUCACGUCAUGCUCGUACGUCUCAAAGUGAAGAACUAUCUAUUUGCCAGUCUGAGUUUUCAAAUGUUUUUCUGUUGGAUUCAAAUGAAGAGAUUAGUAAAAUAAAUCUAUAUCAAGAUUUACAUGAGGCACACUCAAGUAUAACCGGUAUACAAUUUUAUAUGGCUAACGGAAGAAAAACUGAUGUAUUUGGUUCCAAUGAUGGACAUUUUUUUGACGGAAUCAUUUGA